AUGUUUGUUCAAAUUCUGUUGAUUUUGGUAGGUUUUAGAUUGUUCUUUGUAGCUAUUAGUUACUGUAGGAAAAAGUAGUGAUAAUAGUUUUCUAGUAUUGACGGCUUUCUUGCGUUGGCUUUUUGCUACAUAUCUAGACUUGCUUCGUAUCUAGACUUACUACGUAUCUAGAUUAAUUUUUUGCUUUAAGACGUUCAUCCCAUUCGCAAGUGCAUGGGAUUACCACGAUACAAUAUACCCUUUAAAAGAACCUUUGAAAGUGGGUCAAAAUCUGACAAUAGGUGUCCAUCCUCAUGGAAAGAAAGACUUUGGAGUCGAUUUUCUGUGUAGCGACAUUGAUGUUAUAUUCCAUAUGCACUGCUUCUAUGAGAGUGGCGUUAGUCCUUACACAACGUGCAUUGCCUAUAAAGACAAAAAACCGCAUAAUCAAUGGAUUAAAGUCAAGACAGUGUACAUUGACCAGAAAAACGUUUUCCAAAUUUCGUAUGAAAGCAAAGAUCAAAUUCGAUACAACAUUAAUGGAGAAGAGUUUGUAUUCGACAUCAAGAUUGAUAACGGUCAAGAUAUUAUCGCAUUUUCGGCUGUUAUGAAACCUAAUGUCACUUUUGUGAGACAAGACUUUUAG